AUGUCUGACGACGAGGACUUCAUGCAGGAGUCUGAUGAGGAGCAGUACGACUUCGAGUACGAGGAAGACGAUGAUGAGGAUUCCGGAGACGUCGGCAUCGAGAACAAAUACUACAAUGCAAAGCAACUGAAGCUCACCGAUCCCGAGGAUGCAAUUGCCGAAUUCUUGGGCAUACCACCCUUAGAGGAGGAAAAGGGCGAAUGGGGUUUCAAAGGCUUGAAACAAGCCAUCAAACUUGAGUUCAAGCUGGGGCAGUAUGAAAAGGCGACGGAGCACUAUGCCGAGCUGUUGACCUACGUCAAGUCGGCCGUGACGAGAAAUUACUCCGAGAAGUCGAUCAAUAACAUGCUGGACUACAUUGAGAAGGGAUCAGACAGUCCCAAGGCCGUGGCGUGCGUCGAAAAGUUCUAUUCGCUCACACUCGAGAGCUUCCAGAGCACGAACAACGAGAGACUAUGGCUGAAGACGAAUAUCAAGCUGGCCAAACUCCUCCUCGACCGCAAGGACUAUAACACAGUCAUCAAGAAGCUGCGAGACCUGCACAAGGCUUGUCAGAAGGAAGAUGGCAGUGACGAUCCCAGCAAGGGCACAUAUUCUAUGGAGAUAUACGCCCUCGAGAUCCAGAUGCACGCCGAGACCAAGAACAACAAGCAGCUGAAGAGACUUUACCAGCGCGCCCUCAAGGUCAGGUCCGCUGUCCCUCAUCCCAAAAUCAUGGGAAUCAUUCGCGAAUGCGGUGGCAAGAUGCACAUGAGCGAGGAGAACUGGGCCGAAGCGCAGACAGACUUCUUCGAAUCCUUCCGCAACUACGAUGAGGCCGGCUCGCUCCAGCGGAUCCAGGUGCUCAAGUACCUCCUUCUCACGACCAUGCUGGUUAAGUCCACCAUCAACCCGUUUGACUCGCAGGAGACGAAGCCCUACAAGCAGGAUCCCCGAAUCACUGCCAUGACCGACUUGGUAGACGCAUACCAACGCGACGACGUUCACGCCUACGAGAAUGUCCUUCAGAAGAACCAAGACAUCCUUGCCGACCCAUUCAUCGCCGAGAACAUUGACGAAGUGACGCGCAACAUGAGGACCAAGGGAGUCCUGAAGCUCAUCGCACCGUACACACGUAUGAAGCUGUCAUGGAUCGCGAAGCAACUGAAGAUCUCAGAGCCUGAGGUCCAGGACAUACUGGGUUUCCUCAUCGUUGACGGCAAGAUUCAGGGCAAGAUCGAUCAGCAAGCCGGCACCCUCGAGAUUCAAUCAGACGCGGACAGCGACCGCACCAAGGCUCUGUACGAGUUGACACAAUCCGUCGCGACCUUGUACACCACCAUGUUCAAAGAGGGCGAAGGCUUCCGAUCAACCGAGUUCCCUACCGAUGAGCAGACAAUGGAGAUGAUGGGCGGCGGCAUGACCCCCAGAGGCGGCGGUCGUGGACAGCCGCGGGGUGUUGGACGGAAGGGCAAGGGCGUGAUGCCAUCGAUGUGGACAUGA